AUGGCGGUGACGGUGACGGUGGAGCCCGCCGGCCACUGCUGCUGGGACCAGCCGGUGCGCAUCGCCGUCAGCGGCCUGGCCCCGGGGCAGCCCGUCACGCUGCGCGCGUCCCUGCGCGACGAGAAGGGCGAGCUCUUCCGGGCCCACGCGCGCUACUGCGCCGGCCCCGGCGGCCUGCUGGACCUGACGCGCGCGCCCGCGCUGGGGGGCAGCUUCGCGGGGCUCGAGCCCAUGGGGCUCCUCUGGGCGCUGGAGCCCGAGAAGCCUUCGCAUCGGCUUCUGAAGCGGGACGUGCAGACGCCCUACGCGGUGGAGCUGGAGGUGCUCGACGGCCACGACCCACGGACUGAGCGGCUCCUGGGCCGGACCGUGCACGAGCGCCACUUUCUGGGGCCCGGAGUGCGGCGGGAGCGGGUGCGCGCGGGCCGGCUGCGCGCCGCCCUCUUCCUGCCGCCAGGCACAGGACCGUUCCCUGGGAUCAUCGAUCUGUUUGGAAGUAGUGGUGGCCUCUGUGAGUACAGGGCCAGCCUCCUGGCCAGACAUGGUUUUGUUGUGCUUGCUCUGGCUUAUUUCAGAUUUGAAGACCUCCCUGAAAAUUUGAGUAAUCUGCAACUCGAGUACUUUGAAGAAGCUGUGGACUUCAUGCUACGACAUCCAAAGGUGAAAGGCCCCAGUAUUGGGCUUCUUGGUUUCUCCAAAGGAGGUGAUCUGUGUCUCUCAAUGGCCUCUUUCUUGAAAGGCAUCACAGCUACGGUCCUUAUCAAUACCUGUGUGGCCAACACAAUGGUGCCUCUGCAUUACAAGGAUAUGACUAUUCCUAGUCUUGACUAUGACUUAAAGAAACAUAAAAUCACUGAAUCAGGCCUUUUUGAUUUUAUGGAUACUUGGGACAAUCCCCUGGAGGAACCCAACAGUCAAAGUCUUAUUCCACUGGAAAAGGCCCAGGGGCCCUUCCUGUUUAUUGUGGGCAUGGAUGAUCAGAGCUGGAAGAGUGACUUCUAUGCUCAGAUAGCCUCUGAACGGUUACAAGCCCAUGGGAAAAACAGACCCCAGAUAAUCUGCUACUCAGGAACUGGUCAUUGUAUUGACCCACCUUACUUUCCUCCUUCUAUAUCUUCUGUGCAUGGAGUGCUGAACCAACCAGUGUUUUAUGGGGGAGAGCCAAGGGCUCACUCAAGAGCACAGGUAGAUGCCUGGCAGCAAAUUCAAACUUUCUUCCGGAAACAUCUCAAUGAUAAAAAGUCUGUUAAGCCUAGCAGACUAUAAUAUUGUAACCACGGGCCAGAUACACUAAUAAAAUUCAGGUUCCUGUACAUACUUGGAUUUCUAU